AUGCACGUGAAGCAUACGCUAUGAAGCAGAAUAUAACGACUUGCAAUGCACAUCCUCAUUCUCUCUCUGGAAGGCUUUUCAUUCUCUGCCCGUCAGCUCUACGAACAUCUUCUUCCAGAUCUACUCUCCAAAGCAAUAGUACACGAGUCCACAUCCAUCCAGGACGCACUGUUCUACAUCAACACACGCUGGCCCACGGCUAUCCUAGUCACGGAUGGCGUGAUAGCCAGCGAUUCGGAAGACGGCAGAAAACUCCUCUCGGCCGUGAAGAACAUCACCAGACAGGGCUGUACGACCGUGUUGGCCGGCUUCUUCACCCUGUCCGUGUUUGGGGAGAGGCUCACGGGCUUCCUGCGAGACAACUUCGAUUUAAGAUGGGAAGGGGAUAAUGACGAGCCCAUCGUUCGCACUACUGCACUUGGAUCAUCGGAUGAGAAUCUUAUUGUGACAUCUGGGCUUAAUCGACGAUUCACACCUGAGGCAUAUUUCCUCCGCAAGGUGCCAAAGGAACAAGCCGUCUAUGUCUCUAUUGCCAAUGGCCACACGUUGGCGUAUGCCGCCAUAGCAAGGAUUGGCCUGGGGAAACUGGGUUAUGUUGGUGAAGCCAACUUCUCCGAGGAAGCUGAAGCACUUAUUCUUGCCAUGUGCCACUUGGGUCAUGAUGUAGGAUUUGAGUAACACGUAUGAUGCGACUGGUUGGGUUCAUCAUACUGCUAGAUGAUGACCAGAGUGGUUAACGAUAGAUAUGACCUUUUCAUUCGUCUAUAAAUUUCCUACAACCAAACGCCGAGCUGAAUUAUAAAUAUAUUCUACAAUGGAGGAAAGUGGUAUCAGCAGGAACCAACAGGAUUAAUACCCAACAGAUGCCCAUCGUAU